AUCCACUCCCUCCUGAGGUAGUGACAGACCCUGUGCUGCUUGUGCACCUGCUCCUGAACGCCCACCCGCCUGCCCGCCCAGAUGUCCUGCCAGCAGAGCCAGCAGUGUGUCCCCAAGUGCCCUCCCAAGUGCUGCACCCCAAAAUGUCCCCCUAAGUGUCCCCCCAAGUGCCCUCCAGUCUCUUCCUGCUGCAGUGUCAGCUCUGGGGGCUGCUGUGGCUCUGGGGGUGGGGGCUGCUGUAGCUCUGGGGGUGGUGGCUGCUGUAGCUCUGGGGGUGGUGGCUGCUGCCUGAGCCACCACAAGCCCCGCAGGUCUCGCCUCUUCAGACACAGAAGGUCUGACUGCUGCAGCAAACCCUCAGGGGGCUCCAGCUGCUGCGGAGGGGGCUCUGGAGGGGGCUCCAGCUGCUGCGGAGGGGGCUCUGGAGGGGGCUCCAGCUGCUGCGGAGGGGGCUCUGGAGGGGGCUCCAGCUGCUGUGGAGGAGGCAGUAGUCAGUCCUCUGGAGGCUGCUGUGGAGGAGGUUCCAGCUAUGGAGGGGGCUAUGGUCAGUCCUCUGGGGGCUGCUGUGGAGGAGGCUCCAGCUAUGGAGGGGGCUAUGGUCAGUCCUCUGGGGGCUGCUGUGGAGGAGGCUCCAGCUAUGGAGGGGGCUAUGGUCAGUCCUCUGGAGGCUGCUGCGGAGGGGGCUCCAGCUAUGGAGGGGGCUAUGGCCAGUCCUCUGGAGGCUGCUGUGGAGGAGGCUCCAGCUAUGGAGGGGGCUAUGGUCAGUCCUCUGGGGGCUGCUGCUAAAGUGGACCUGGAGCCAAGGAGAGCAGCACCAGAGGCACUAAAGGGGCAAGACCAUCUUCCUUGGGCCUGCCUGUGUUGCUGAGACAUUUUAGUGAAGAUUUCAAGUUCUGUUCUGGAAGAUUCUUCUGACUGGGAAGCCAGAAAUCUGUGUCCUCUUCGAACAUCUCAUCUCCCGACCUCUGAUCCCACUUUUGAAGCUUCCCCUGGGAACCCCAGAUUAUUUCUUUGGCUGGCCCCUUCUUGAACGGAAACAAUAAACAGUUUGCU